UCUCAGCACAGCUGAUAAUAACAAAUAUUUAGCUUCACUGUUAAAAGUAGUUAUAUUUUUUACAAUAUUGGAAUUUAGGAUGGCAGAAACCGCAGAUACUAAUGGUGAUGCGGGUACAGGGAGUACGAGCACUGAAGAGGAGGAAGAUGUGGAGCCCAAAUUCAAGUACACGCGCAUGGGAAACGAUCUUAAGAAAAUACUUAACACAGAUUUGAUCACCUGCAGUUCCGUACACCCAAAGUUUCUUAUCUUUGGAACAAAACGAGGGCGAGUGCACCUUUUGGAUCAUCAGGGAAACUGCGUCGAAACGAAUUUGAGCAAUGACGACCGACAUGUGCACACAGUGGCCGUUAAUCAUAUAGAUGUUGAUUCGAAAGGCGAAUAUGUCGCUACAUGCUCGGAUGAUGGCAAGGUUAACAUUACAGGGCUAUUCAGCUCGGAAAAUAAUCAAAAUUUGUGCUUCUCCAAGCUGAUCAAAGCUGUCGCCUUGGACCCUGAUACAAAAUCAAGUGGUGUGCGACGUUUCAUAGUUGGUGAUGAUAGGCUGACUAUAUACGAGCGCAAAUUUCUAAAAAAACUAAAGUCAACUGAAUUGUGCACCGCAGAAGGGAAUGUGCUGUCCGUUUGCUGGAAUGGAAAUUUUGUGGCUUGGGCCAGUUAUCUGGGUGUGCGUGUGUACGAUCUGAAUGAAAGGUGCUCACUAGGGCUGAUGAAAUGGGAGGUACCCCCACAGGAGCGACUGGAAAACUUCCGGUGCAACUUUCGUUGGUCCAAUGACACGACGCUGCUUGUCGGCUGGGUGGACACCAUACGUAUUUGUGUAAUACGGAAACGUAAUAGCAUAGAGGCAGCAUCUGGAAAUUUGCCCGAUUACAUUGUCGACCCAAUCUCAACUUUUCAAACUACAUUCUACAUUUCUGGCUUGGCUCCGUUCACUCGCACACAGUUGGUUGUGUUGGGAUAUCGCAAACAGCGCAGUGCCGACAACAAAGCGUUGCGACCCGUGAUAAGCGUGAUGGAGUACAAGAUGCACAGCAGCGAGGAAAUACUCACCGACAGCUUAUCGAUACGCGACUUUGAGAAGUACACCGUCAACGAUUACAGUCUGAAUUGUAUAGUUGAGGAGAGUCGCUAUUUUAUUGUGGCGCCAAAUGAUUUUGUUGUUGCAAGCCUCAUAGGCACCGAUGAGCGCGUGCAAUGGUUAAUUGCACACUGCAAGUACGAAGAAGCCAUGGCUGUGAUAUCAACUCAUGGCGGCAGCAUAGAUCUGCUUACAGUCGCCAGGCUAUACAUUAACCAUUUGCUUAAAAAUGAACUGUUUGACAGAGCAGCGAAAUUAUGUCUGCAGGUUUUUGGAAACAACAAAGCACUGUGGCAGGAGGAAGUUCUAAAGUUUUUCGAGUACAAGCAACUGCGAUCAGUUAGCCCCUAUUUGCCUACAUCGGAGGAUUGUAAGCUGGAUCCCCACUAUUACGAAUUGGUGCUAUACGAGUUUUUGGAGCAUGAUGUUUCCGGCUUUCUCAAUUUGCUAAAAGAGUGGCCGCCCACUCUGUAUAAUGGUCGUUAUGUGAUCAACACGAUUGGCGAUAGAUUUCGUAAGCAAAAUGCCAAUGAGUUACUCGAAGCCUUGGCGUUGUUGUAUUCCUAUCAAGGUGAUUUCGAGAGCGCCCUGCGCAUGUAUUUAAAAUUACAGAACAAGGACGUGUUUAAGCUAAUACAUCGCUACAAUCUAUAUGAAAACAUUUCAAAAAUGAUAAUUCCGCUCAUACAGCUGGACCGAAAAUGUGCUUUCGAAAUAUUGCUCGAUAGAAAAAAAAUAAAUCCAGAGGUUGUAGUGCACCAAUUAGAGCCAAAUCAGGAGUACCUGUAUUGGUAUUUGGAUGCGCUGGAUAAAGUAGAUAAGCGGGGAACCUUUCACUCCAAGCUGGUUGAGUUAUACGUUAAAUUUGAUCGCUCGAAAUUGCUACCCUUUCUGCGCCGUUCGAAACAUUAUGCCAUACAGGAUGCCUUGGCAAUUUGUAAGAGCGAAAACCUGUAUCCGGAAAUGGUUUAUCUAUUGGGUUGCAUGGGCGGAGUGGAGGCCGUGGAGGCGCUCAAUAUUAUUAUAUAUAAGAUAAAAGACAUCGAAAUGGCCAUUGAGUUCUGCAAGGAGCAUGACGACGAAGACUUGUGGAAUGUAUUAAUAGAUGAGUCCGCUGAGAAACCAGAUAUAGUAACCAAAGUACUGGAUGGCAUUAUCGAUUAUGUCAAUCCGGAAUUGAUAGUAAACAAGAUCAAGCUGGGCCAGAAAAUACCGCACCUGCGUGAAUCAGUGUUGAAGAUGUUGUGGCAUUUUAACCUUCAGGAGGAAAAGCUGGACAUUGCACAUCAAAUUCAGCAGGCGGACUAUUUCGCCGAACACUCCGAACUGGUAGCCGCACAGAGGCGUGGUCGUUUUGUGCCCUACGAACAGUGCUGUGCGAAAUGUAAUCGGGUUGUUCUCAAGAAAGACGUUGCGGUUUCAAGCAGUCUUGUGGAAUUCAAUUGUGGCCAUAUCUUUCAUGAGCCUUGCGUGCCUAAUCUUUAUGGCAAUGAGCACUGCAAUCAGUGCCACUCACUUCAGGAUGACCAAGAGGACUCAGUCUCUGUCAGUGGCACGUAGAUAGGAAUAUAUUUUGAAUGUUGGUUAGCUUCGGCCUUGACGGAGCUAUAAUACCCUUCACAACGUAAUAUCGUAUGUAUAAUAUUACUUAUUUAUUGGCACUGUCAUACUAAAUUUCUUGGCGUAGAUCCUUAACUUUUUACUGUAGUCAAUAUUUUAUUAUGGAUCCGUAUAUAUUUCUGAAAUUGUGGUCCGACUAUAAUUUUAAGUCAACAUGAGAAUGCAAUGUUUACCUUUAGAUUUUAAGACAAUUUGUCUCGCCAUUAUGACCAAUUAAGAUAACAGGAAUGCCAUUUUGAAGGGUAUAAGCAACUGACAUAAACCAAUCCUGAAAAGUCUGACAGUUCGCCCCAACUUUCCCUUUUCGUGUACUAUAUUUACAUGUAAUUUAAUCAUAAAUAUUUAUUUAUUUAAUCUGGAGAUAAAAAUGUUCCAAAAAUACA